UUUAAUCCAUGAUGGAUGUCUCGAUGUUUUCACAGCGUUAUGGUCAUGUCAAUGUGGUUUUCUAGAGCAGGAGGAGGGACGUUAGCUCGCUGGCCAUGUCUUGACAGUUCCUUAGCUAGUAGCAGUAAUGCUAAGAUUGGUCAACCAACGGGAUUAAAUGCUGUUAUGGAUAACAGGUGGGGAAACCGCUCCAAAUAUGACAGACUAUCUUUAACCGUUGUCAGCAAUUAUCGGGACUCGAAGGAAGCUCGUGCAUAGGGGUAGACGAGUUUUACCAGCUGCUUAAGGCUCAGGAUCAUAUCGGGGCAGACUGACCACAUCAAACCGGAUGAAACUAGGUUGGGCUGAAUCAAACCAGACAGACCAGAGCAGAACGGAGCAGACCAGACUGAUCAAGACUAUACCCAGCCCGUCCACGAGGCCUGUUACAGUUUCCUAUCCAGUUGUGGGCUCCAGAGUGGAUGGAAGGAGAUGAUUUUAACACAGAGGCUGUGAUGAACAUCUGUGAUGACCUGAUGGCAGACCAAAGGAUGGACAUCUCGUCUACAAUGACUGACUUCAUGUCCCCAGGGUCCACUGACCUCAUCUCCAGCUCCAUCAGCACUCCUAGCAUGGACUACACCCGCAAGAGGAAGGGCAGCACUACCGAUUACCAAAUUGAUGGCUUCUCAUUUGAUGACAUGGACCCGGACAAAGAUAAACUGGGAAGUGACCAACAAGGCAGGAUUAAGAAUGCCAGAGAGGCUCACAGCCAGAUCGAGAAGCGUCGCAGGGACAAGAUGAACAGCUUCAUCGACGAGCUGGCGUCACUGGUGCCCACCUGUAACGCCAUGUCCCGCAAAUUAGACAAGCUGACGGUCCUGCGCAUGGCUGUCCAGCACAUGAAGACACUCCGAGGUGCAGCCAACCCUUACACAGAGGCCAACUACAAGCCUUCCUUCCUCUCAGAUGAUGAACUGAAGCACUUGAUAUUAAGGGCUGCUGAUGGUUUCCUGUUUGUGGUUGGGUGCGACCGCGGAAAGAUCCUCUUUGUUUCCGAAUCAGUCUACAAGAUCCUCAACUACAGCCAGAACGACCUGAUAGGUCAGAGCCUGUUUGACUACCUACACCCCAAGGACAUUGCCAAGGUCAAGGAGCAGCUGUCCUCUUCCGAUACGGCCCCACGAGAGAGACUCAUUGACGCUAAAACUGGUCUUCCAGUGAAGACAGACAUCACCCCUGGCCCAUCUAGACUCUGUUCUGGAGCCAGACGGUCGUUUUUCUGCAGGAUGAAGUGCAACAGGCCCUCUGUCAAAGUAGAGGAUAAAGACUUUCCCUCCACCUGCUCUAAAAAAAAAGCGGACCGUAAGAGCUUCUGCACUAUUCACAGCACGGGAUACCUAAAGAGCUGGCCGCCCACCAAGAUGGGUCUCGACGAAGACAACGAGCCCGACAAUGAGGGCUGCAACCUGAGCUGCCUGGUAGCCAUAGGCCGCCUGCACCCCCACAUUGUCCCCCAACCCAGCCUGGCAGACAUCAGGGUAAAGCCCACAGAGUACGUCUCGCGGCACGCCAUCGACGGCAAAUUUGUCUUCGUUGACCAGAGAGCCACAGCCAUCCUAGCCUACCUGCCCCAGGAGCUGCUGGGAACCUCCUUCUAUGAGUAUUUCCACCAGGAUGACAUUGGCCACCUGGCAGAGUGCCACAGACAAGUGCUGCAGAUGAGAGAGAAGAUCAACACCAACUGUUACAAAUUCAAGAUCAAAGACGGCUCUUUCAUCACGCUGAGGAGCCGAUGGUUUAGCUUCAUGAACCCCUGGACCAAGGAGGUGGAGUACAUCGUCUCCACCAACACUGUUGUGUCGUGUCCUAUGAUGGAAGGAUCGGAUUAUCCUCAAUCCGCUGCUUCACCACAGAGUAUGGACAGCGUUCUCACCUCAGAGGGUGGAGGAAGGCGGGCACUGCAGACGGUCCCUGGCAUCCCCGGUGGCACAAGAGCAGGAGCUGGCAAAAUUGGACGCAUGAUUGCAGAGGAAGUGAUGGAGAUCCAGAGGAUUCGAGGCUCCUCCCCCUCCAGCUGUGGCUCCAGCCCUCUGAACAUCACCAGCACCCCUCCACCUGACACAUGCUCCCCAGGGGGCAAGAAGAUUCAGAAUGGAGUGACACCCGAGCAGCCGAGCACAGGGAUUAUUCCUGGCCCUGAUUCUGUAGGCUACCCCUACUCCAACCAGUCCAUCAUGAGUGACAACUCCCACCUAAGUAUAGACAUCAUGGACGAGCCUGGUUCCAGCAGCCCCAGCAACGACGAGGCGGCCAUGGCGGUCAUCAUGUCCCUGCUGGAGGCGGACGCUGGCCUGGGCGGCCCCGUCGACUUCAGCGACCUGCCCUGGCCUUUGUGAGGAAGCUAAAAGGGAAGAAGGAAAGGGGGAGAGGGAGAUUCCCUCUUUAGCACCAGAGCCACUGAUGAAAGAGUUCAGUCAGGUUGAAUUCUGUCUGUCAUGUUUCCUGCCCUCUGUACACAACUACACUGCAAAAAAACAAUCCACCUUAGCACAUUUUAAUAUCUACAGAUACUGAAGAUUUGUAUUACACACAAGACUGUAGGCAGACCCUGGAUUUCAUGGAUUCCCUCCUCCAAAUGAUGUGUUAAGAUGAUCCAGUUUGCAGUGUUAGUUGUCUCUGCCACGGUUAGAGACCAUUACUCUAACAACAGUCCAGAAAAUGGCAUCUCAAGUUACGGGAUUGCGGUGCUAACGUGUCUACUGAUGGACUGAACUCUGUCUAACAGUGGCUCUGGGCUCUGUCAUUGCCAGGUCAACAGCCAACG